AUGUCUAAUCACAUCGACCCUUCCAAGGAAGUUAGCUGUCGACUUGUCGACAACAACAUCGCCAAGACGAAUAUCCUCCUACGUAUCUGGCACUCCUCCAACAAUGCCGACCAGAAGAUUGUCAGCAUGCUCUUGUCCAAGGGUGCAGACGUCAACGUAUGCCGCGGUAAUCUUGGCAAGUGUUACCAGGCCGUUUCAUUUAGUGGCAGUCAGGAAACUGUCAAAUUAAUAUUCGACGACAGAGCGGACGUUAACGCGCAGACAAAGGAGCAGAGGUUAACGCAUAUGGGGGCGAAUACGGCAACGCUCAAUAUCCCGCCUCAGUGA